GCAACAAAAACCUGAAAAUGACACACAUUGUCAGUAAGAAACACAUUAGUUUACUUUAACACACACAGUCGUUCUUUGUACACAUAACUACCGUGUUUUACGCCUCUUUUUUCUUUUGUGAAUAUUAAACCUAUUCGCGCGCCGGAAACUAGUUGUUGCUCAUUACGAGCCGCAUUGUUGCGUUGCCUAAAUGUUUUCGUAAGGAGAAUUCUGAUUGGUCGCCUAAAGUUACACUCAAUAUGAUUCGUUAACAUCAUAAUAAUGAUCACAUGACAUAACAACAGCUUCAGUAGCAACGAGCUGCAAAUAUUGUGAAAGCGUACACUUAACGGCUGAGAAGAUAUAUAAAAAAAAAUGGGUUACGGACACGUGUUAAGUUACGGAAAUGUGUCUAAAGCUUCUUACCAGUACAGGCCAAGCCAGCCUGUCUGGAGACCUGUCCCAAACUGGAAUGCUCCCUCUAGCUACAGACCUAACCCCUAUAAGUGGGUCAACCCCAGUCUGAGGUCACGCUCUGACCAAUUUAAGGCUGAUCUUCAGCUGGUAAGGUCUGAGCCAAGAGCAGGGCCUAGUUAUUCUGCCACUAACAGUGGUAGGCCUGCAGAUAAAUCAAUUCCUAUGGAGAGAUACAGGUCUGCUGAACCGGCAUGCCUUCAGCGGGCAGACAGAUCUGAGAGGUCUAGUGAGUCUCAUAGAUAUAGAGAGAGAUCCCAAGCCUCAAGGUCUAAGGAACAAUCUCCUCCUCCCAAGAGAUUCAGGAGAGAUUUCAUUGUGCUGGAUGAGUACAGCAGUGAAAGUGAUACCUCCUUGGCCAACAGUUCUGGCAGUGGAUCUUCUUUAGCAAGCAGCUCUGAGACUGGUAGUGACACAUCUCUGAGUUGGAGCUCCUCUAGCAGUAGCACUGUCCUGUAUAGCCCUGGCAGUGAAUCAUCCCUAGAUGAUGAAAGUGACUGCAGUGUGGCUGAAACAGCUGUGGAGGCAGGGGGCAAUGAACCCAAAGAGACACCAGAGCUGUGGGGAACUUAUCUGAGUGAUGAUAUGGAAAGGCAGCUUGAGUCCUGGGCCUCGGAGAAACCUGUGGACUUUGUUUCUGUGACCCCAAAACUCAGGGGAAACAGUGACAAAGGUAUUGAACAGGUCACCCUGAGCCUCAUCAAGAAGCCUCAGCCUAUUCCCUUGGUUACAGCUGACAGACUGUCCACUCCAGUGGUCAUUCCCAAAGCAAGUUUCAGUGGUCAAGUUAAACCUCCACAGUUUGAGAACCAUGCCCCAGCUGAACUGCCAGAGCUUUGGGGAUGCUAUGUGAGUGCUGCAAUGCAGAGGCAGAUGGACCAGUGGGAGAGAGAGGCUAAUGGCCUGAACAUCAAGGCUCUAUCCAGCACUGGUCAGAGUCCUUUGACAAAACCUGGGUCUGCAUCUAAUCCAUUUUUGCAGUCUAGUGUGGUUGCUAAUCAGCAAGUCACUUGGUGUGCUCCCAAGCCCUGCCUUCAGUCUGGUGUGGUUGCUAGGCCAGUUGUCGUGCCAACCCAGCCAGCACUGCAGUCAGCUGUGGGUGCCUGGACCACCCCUGUCCAGAUGAACAGAUGGGGCCCCAGCCCUUACCCACAGUCCUCUGUGUGGUAUUCAGUUGCUAGGAAACGGCCACUGGAGGAGUAUGAGAAUGAGGCUGCUCCCUCAGCCAAGAUUCACAUUAAUAAGAACCACCCAAGGUUCAGACAUUUGUUCCAGUAAACAAGUGUGGGUAAAGGAUAAGUAUGUUUUUUAUCAUUUACUAGAGUUGCGACACCUUAAGGGUUUCGCGGGAUGGAAUGAGUGGAGAGUUCACAUCAAAUUGAAAAUCGAUUAUUUCUAUAAAAAAAAAUUGGUACGAAAAAAUAUGUAGGCAGUGGGUACGAAAAAAAAAUAAUUUGGGUACGAAAACAAAUUUGAGUACGAAAAAAAAAGUAUGUUUUUUAUCAUUUACAAAAAUAGAAAAAUGAAGCAUAUGCUUCACAAAAAAAAUACAAAAAAAAUAUAUGAAGCUAUGCUUCGCCAAAAAAAGUAUAAAAAAACAAAAACACAAAAUACCAAAAAAAGAUGUAGCCUAGAUUUUGUAGUGUAGUUAUCCUAUUAAAAUUGUGUUGUAGAGUAGUUUACUGUUUUUUUGUAUGAUCCUUCUUUGUUCAACCAUGCACAGCAUGUUCAUGGUUAGCUAUUGGGAUACCGUGAUUUCUGUAUGUGGUAGCAUUAAUGUUGCCUUCUUUUGUUUCUCGUCUUUUUCUCAUAAACUACCAAAUUUGAUAUAACUUCAUAGGGAUGUUGCUCGGAUGGGAAAUGUUCAAUGAGAUCCAAUCAACUGCAUAAAAUUAUUUUGGUUACCAGAGCAACUAUAGAUUUUUAAAGAAACAAAUAUUAUGUUUGUAAUAUUGUACUUUGAUCAUUAAUCAAGUAUUUUGUAGCAUUUCUUUGGGGUAAAAACAAGCCAUAUCCUGUUACUUAAAAUAAAAAAAGUUUUUGCUCAAUCACUUUAGUUGGGAUGAAGGUAUUUGGCAGAUGUGUAGCUUACAUGCAGACCAUGCUUUUGGAUGGAUCAAUUAUUUAAAUAUUAAAUUCAAAUGUUUAAAUGUUGAAAACCUGGUUUUGUGGUAUUGCCAUGUUUCUUGUUAAUAUAGACUAUGUGCACUUUAACAUUCUUCCAAGUAGAUCUUUGCUUUUCAGUAUUUUUCAUCAGGUGGUGAAGUAUAUUGAAAUCAUGCGUCAGGGGUGAAAACUGAAUGCACUAGGGGUCACACUUAUGAUUCAUGUAUUGAUUUUGGUAGUAAAAUAACUUUUGAAAUAUUUUCUAAAUACACAAGGCCCAGAGCUUUUUUAGUUGGUAUUCGAAAGUAAGUAGUGGUCCUCAACAAAGUAAGGUCAAAUUAUGCAGCUGAAUUCAAAACGUGUCAUUCCCCACGGGUCCCAUUUUUAAGCUUUUGUGAUCACCUUUUGUCCUUCGUGCGUUGUCUGUCGCCCGGCGUCAACAUUUGCCUUGUUAACACUCUAGAGGCCACAUUUAUUGUCCAAUCUUCAUGAAAUUUGGUCAGCAGAUUGGUCUCAAUUAUAUCUUGGAUGAGUUUGAAAAUGGUUACGUUUGCUUGAAAAACAUGGCUGCCAAGGGGCGGGGCAUUUUUCUAUAUAUAUGGCUAUUGUAAAAUCUUGUUAACACUCUAGAGGCCACAUUUAUUGUCUAAUCUUUAUGAAACUUAGUCAGAAGAUUCAUCCCAAUGAUAUCUUGGACGAGUUGGAAAAUAAUGCCGGUUGGUUGAAAAACGUGGCCUCCGGGGGGCGGGGCAUUUUUCCUUAUAUGGCUAUGGUAAAACCUUGUUAACACUCUAGAGGCCUCAUUUAUUUUCCGAUCUUCAUGAAACUUGCUCAGAAGAUUUGUCUCAAUGAUAUCUUGGAUGAGUUUAAAAAUGGUAACCUUUGCUUGAAAAUCAUGGCUGCCAAGGGGCGGGGCAUUUUUCCUUAUAUGGCUAUAGUAAAAUCUUGUUAACACUCUAGAGGCCACAUUUAUUGUCCAAUCUUCAUGAAACUUGGUCAGAAGAAUUUUGUUAUUGAUAUCUUGUAUGAGUUCAAAAAUGGUUACGUUUGCUUGAAAAACAUGGCUGCCAAUGAGCGGGGCAUUUUUCCUUAUAUGGGCUAUAUAUGGCUAUAGUAAAAUCUUGUUAACACUCUAGAGGCCACAUUUAUAGUCCGAUCUUCAUGAAACUCAGUCAAAGGAUUUAUCCCAAUAAUAUCUUGGACGAGUUCAAAAAUAAUGCAAGUUGGUUGAAAAACAUGGCCACCACGGGGGCGGGGCAUUUUUCCUUAUUUGGCUACAUGUAUAGUAAAACCUUGUUAACACUCUAGAGGUUACAUUUAUUUUCGGAUCAUCGUGAAACUUGGUCAGAAGAUUUGUCCCAAUGAUAUCUUGGAUGAGUUCGAAAAUGGUCUUGGUUGCUUUAAAAACAUGGCCACCAGGGGGCGGGGCAUUUUUCCUUAUAAGGCUAUAGUAAAACCUUGUUAACACUUUAGUUAUUUUGGAAACACAAUAACUUCAUAAGUGUUAUGUUUUGCAUGUACCAUCUGAAAGCAGUCCUCUUCAAGUUAUGAUCAAAUUGUGUUCUUCAAGGCAAAGCUGGUCACACCCUCGGGGCCAAAUACUUAAUAUGCACUUAAUUAGCAACAUGCUUUUCUUGUCUCAUUUCAAAUUUGAAACAUAAUUUGGGUGAGAGAUCAAGAGCCAUUUUGGCCUUGUUGUUUGUUAGUUUGCAUUAUUUAUUGCCUGUUUGUUGUCUAUACAUUUGGUUUGGUUUAUUUGAGAUUUUGGCAUAAUCACUUAAUUCAGAAAAACUGAUAAUAAUAAUUAUAAUAAGUUAAUGUAACUUAAAAGUUUGUGUGAAGAGUUUUCAAAAAGUUGAUACUGAGUUAAAACUCUAAACUAGUAAUAACAGUAUCCUGUUUGGGACUUAAACGUAAAAAGGCAAAACUUUUACAUGUUCUUAUUUUAUGUAUGCUUAUGAAAUGUGUUUUUGUUUUAAUUGUUAAUUAAGAAGAAAGUUCUGAAGAUCACAGUUGCUUUUUCGAUAUUAUUUUUUAAAUAAAUAAUGUCAGUCAAAUUGACUUAGAGAGAUGGCCACUAUUUUGAUAUUUGGCAAUGAGGCUUUACAAGUCUAUAUCAUGUUUGUUUAUUAAGAAAAA